AUAUUUUUCUCUUGCGCAUGCACUUCCAUUGAAUUCAGCUCCAUCUCCGUCCCCUUCUGCAACAUACAUACAUAAUAAAGAAUGGCGGAGGCGUUUACUUUGACGUCGGACAACCAAUUCGUUACACCGUCCGGAACCGGUGAAAGUUUGUACGUGUACUUGUUGAAGCCUGUUCUGAAUGAUGUUCAAUUAUUCCGGCAGGGAGCACUCUUCUUGACAAGUAUUACGAGCUUUAAGGUUGGACCUUCAUCGGAACAACACAAGGCACUGCAAGUAUUCGGCGUCACGAUCGAGGGAGGCCGAUUGGGAGAGCUGGCUCGUGAGCUCAGAGCAAUAGAAGAAGGAAACAAUGUGUACGUUUAUGUGAACCGUCUCGGGCUCUGCAUAAUGUUAGGAAUCAAGCAUCCAUCCGUCACCGCGGUGCGGAUCAACGAUUGCUUCGGCUGGUCCAAGUACGGCGUGAGAGUACCUCAAGAACUGAUUCGCGCGUCCGCCGCCUCGUGGAACAGGCUCGACAUGUUCAACGGAGAAACCGUGAUGGACGUGGGAGGAAUGGCGAGAGCUGCUGAGGAAGCGGAGGAGCUGCGGCGGAGCCUGGAAGGGGAGAGGGUGGAGCUCGCGACCUGCAGGAAGGAGCUGGAAUGGAUGAAGAAGAACGAGUCGCUUUGGAGCAAGCUGGUGGAAGAGAAGGACAAGAAGGUGGAGACGUUGGAGAGUCAACUUCAAGGUUUCAAGGCUGCCUUGCGUGAGUUGGUCGACCGUCGUCAGGACGGCCAGCAGCUCGGAGAAAGAGAAACUACUGUUUGAAAACCUA